UUCAAUCGCGCUUCAGUCAUGGAUAUGAAAAAUGUGGAGAAACGAUUUUUGAGGAUCAAUAAAACGCUUGGGUUAAUAACCGGCGUCUGGCCAUAUCAAAACCCGAAGAUCAAGAUAAUCGUGCAAAUCUUUACCCUUGGUAUAAUGUUCACAGGGACCUUCACGCAAACCGCGCACAUUGUGAUGUUUCCUAGCGUGGACUCAAUCGUUGACGGCAUAGCUUACUAUAUAGCGGUGAGCGGAACCUUUGUGAAAGUUGGUAAUUAUGUGGUGAACGAAUCGAAGUUGAAACCGAUGCUGACUCAAAUAUUCAACGAUUGGGCAGCGAUAAACACGAAAGACGAAUAUGACAUUAUGGUUUCAUACUCGCGAAAAGGAUCGCUCGUCGCUUUGGGCUAUUUUUUGCAUCUUUUCUGUGCCGUGGUGUCUUUUAUCUUUUUCUGCAUGAUACCGCCUGUUCUGGACAUCAUCGUACCUCUGAAUGAAUCGCGGAAGCGAUUGUUCAUAUAUCCGGCCUACUACUGGGUGAACAGCGAAGAGUAUUACAUGCUGAUAAUCGGGCACAUGACUAUUAUCUGCGGCCUCCUAGUCUGCAUAUUCUGCGCCUGUGAUACGAACUACGUGUACGCCGUGCAACACGCUUGCGGUUUGCUGGCUAUUGCAAGACACCGAUUUGGAAACGUGUGCAAAAAUUUACCCUCUCCCGACGAGGGAGAUGACAUAGAAAUGUCAGAGGAAGUGCAAUAUAAAAACGUGUGCCAUUCAAUUAAAGCUCAUCAGCACGCUAUAAAAUAUCUGCAGAUAAUCGAAAACAGUCACCAUACUUAUUUGUUCAUUUCAAUGGGGAUGCUUAUAACAGCGGUCAGCGUGUCGUUGUUGAAGGUGGCAGGGCGUCAUGACAACACGCAAUGGAUGAUGUAUUUUAUGUUUUUACUCGCCCAACUGUUUCACGUAUUCGUUUUAACCGUCCAAGGCCAGUUCGUGAUAAACGCGUUAGACGAUAUUUCCAUAGCGAUAUACGAAUCACCGUGGUAUAAGCUUACACCGAGAACGCGAUUAUUAUACGUGUUAUCGUUAAGAUGUUGUCUGAAACCUCCUCUGUUAACAGCCGGUGGCCUGAUAACGCUAAGUUUACGAUCUUUCGCGGAGAUCAUCAAAGCAUCCGUUUCUUAUUAUACAGUUAUGCAGUCGACGUAAAUGUUAAUGUACGAUUAAAAAGAACAAAAUACAAUAAACUAUG